CUGAUACAGUCAAAAUGCAUUUGUGCAGAUAGAUCAACAAAGAGAAAAUCGGAGGAUCUGUACAUGCGCCGUCAGACAACUCGGAUGAGAUUAUCCAAAUAUGCUGCUUACAACACUUACCAUCACUGUGAACAAUGUCAUCAAUAUAUGGGCUUUAAUCCCAGGUAUCAGCUUUAUGAAUCUACCUUGCAUGCUUUUGCCUUUUCCUAUUCAAUGCUUGGAGAAGAAAUUCAGCUACACUUCAUUAUCCCUAAAUCGAAGGAGCACCAUUUUGUCUUUAGCCAUCCAGGAAGGCAGCUGGAAAGUAUGAGAUUGCCUCUUGUCACAGAUCAGAGCCAGGACUACAUAAAGAGCCCAACUUUUACUCCUACAACAGGACGCCAUGAACACGGACUUUUUAAUCUUUAUCAUGCAAUGGACGGAGCCAACCAUUUGCAUGUUUUAGUUAUCAAAGAAUAUGAAAUGGCAAUAUAUAAAAAAUAUUGGCCCAAUCACAUCAUGCUUGUUUUGCCAAGUAUUUUCAACAGUGCUGGAGUAGGAGCUGCUCACUUCCUAAUAAAAGAGCUGUCUUACCAUAAUUUGGAGCUGGAACGAAAUCGGCAGGAAGAACUCGGCAUAAAGCCUCAAGAUAUUUGGCCUUUCAUUGUCAUCUCCGAUGACUCCUGUGUGAUGUGGAAUGCUGUUGAAAUUGAUUGUUCUGGUGACAGAAAAAGUGAAUAUACCUGGAGAGAAAAGAAUAUUUCCCUAAAGCAAAUUCUUCAGCACAUUGAAUCGACUCCCAGUGUCACCCACUAUGCCUUGAUUGGCAUGAGGAAAUGGUCCAGUAAAACUAGGAGCGGAGAUAUCAAGGAGCCAUUCUCAUGUUGCCAUGUGCAUGACUUCAUCAUGCUGAAUGUGGAGCUAACCCAGAAUGUCCAGUAUAACCAGAAUAGAUUUGUGUGUGAUGAUGUGGAUUUCAAUCUACGUGUCCACAGUGCAGGCUUGAGCAUCUGCCGGUUCAAUCAAUUCAGUCUCAUGAAGAAACAAAUAACAGUAGGAGGGCAAAGGUCCUUUCAUAUCAAAUCAAAGGUGUCUGAUAAUUUAGUGAGUAUUGGUCCAGCUCAAUAUAUAUGUGCCCCUGACAGCAAGCAUACAUUCUUGGCAGCUCCUGCUCAGUUGUUGCUUGAAAAAUACCUCCAGUAUCACAGCUAUCGCUUCUUCCCUCUUUCACUGAAGAAUUACAGCCACCCAGUGCUGUCUGUGGAUUGUUACCUUAAUUUAGGACCACAGAUUGCAGUUUGUUAUGUUAGUUCCCGGCCUCAUUCUCUGAACGUCAGCUGCUCUGAGAUGAUAUUCAGUGGACUCUUGCUGUAUCUCUGUGAUUCCUUUGUUGUAGCCAGCUUCUUGAAGAAAUUCCACUUUUUGAAAGGGGCCACCUUAUGUGUCAUUUGCCAAGACAGGAACUCCCUUCGCCAAACUGUUGUCCGGCUAGAACUGGAAGAUGAGUGGCAAUUCCGGCUAAGAGACGAGUUUCAAACUGCCAAUGCCAAAGAAGACAGCCCCCUUUUUUUUUUAACAGGACGGCAUAUUUGA